AUGAGCUGGGUCUCAACAUUCUUUAUAAUACUGCUUUCUAGAGUUAUUGACAAAGAAUAUUAAAUUCGCAUAAAAAGUACCUAUAAAAGUGCACUAAAUGAUAUGCAAUCUUAUUAAAUAAAUCUUCAAAAUUUCGAUAUUGCUUUUGGAGUAAGGUACCAACGUAUAGACAAUAGUCAAAGUAUCUAGAAUGAUUACAAAGCUAGUAAUAUCCAAGGAACUGAUUCCUUAUUCAGCAAUUAAACUGUUAUUUAAAGCAAAGCCUGUUCAUCUGAAAGGUUUUUGGGAAUGGAAAAUGAUAUUAAUUAAAUCGGUUUGACUGAAAAUAACUGGGUCUGUAUAUCAGAUUUUAAACUUUCUGUGGAGGGAUAAGACAUGAGUCUAAUCAAAAAAUCCCUAAAUUUAAAAGUUGAACUUUGCUAAAAUACCUCUUUACCAUAAACUGGAAUAGAAAAUUCACCAGCUAAAAUAGUAUUUUAAUUCAUGGUAGCAUAUGUGAACAAGGAUCAUGACGCAGACGAUUUUAAUCAUUCAGUUAAGAAAGAAAUAAACAUUUAGUUCUAUAAUCCAGUUUUCGGCUUUAACUAAAUAGCCAUACUUAACUUGUAAUCGAACGAUUUGAAUGUUAAAGACAGCCCAUUAAUGGACAUUUUUAGCAUGAAAUAAUACAAUUUCUUCAAAGUUGUAAGCCAAGGUACUUAAUAUGCUACUUGGCUUCAUGGUUAUCAAGAGCUAUUUAACCUAUAUCUUGUUUGUGAUGAUAAGGAAAUUAAUAUAGAGCAAACAGUAUAUACUGUUGUUAAUAUCUUUACAACUAUCGGUGGCUAUAACAAUUUCUUAAUUUUGUUCUAUAGAGUCUUAAGUUCUACUUAUAAGAGAUAAGCAUUCUAUUGGGAUCUAAUGUGUAAUUUGUUUUAUUUCCACAAGAAUAACAAGAAAUCUUAACAUGAAGAGGUAGAGAAGACAAAUAAAUUUAACAAGAAAAUACUUAAAAAUGAGAUUAAGAAUAGAGUCUAAGAGAUUAAAUAUAGUGGAAUAUAUAAAUCAAACUAUGAGUAUAGAAGAAGAGGAUUAAUUCUAAUCUGCUACAACAAGGAAGGAGGAAACAUUAACGAAUAUCAAAGCAAUAGAUAAAAAGAACAAAGGCUUAAAAAUAGUUAAAAGAAAUAAACCGAGAAAAUCUUCUAAAGCCUUUUCUGA